GUUAAUGAAUUGAACCGAAAUUGAGUAUUAUUGUACUAAGUUUUCCUUUCAGAAAAAAGCUGGUUUCACCGUGGCUAUCCGUAUGUGUCACAAUAUUUGAUAAGAAAAAUGGUGAUGGGCUCACCUAAUUCUGAAAAUACUGUUCAAACAGUAACAACACUAUCGCUAGCAGAAGCAGCACAUAGGGAAUACCAAGCUGGUAACUAUGAUAGUGCAGAAAAACUGUGUAUGCAAUGGUGGCGUCGAGAAACAGACAGUACUGGUUGCUUGCUUCUAUUAUCAUCAAUUCACUUUCAGUGUAGAAGACUUGAUCAGUCGGCGCAGUUCAGUUCUUUGGCAAUUAAACAAAACCCUAUGCUUGCAGAGGCUUACUCAAAUCUUGGUAAUGUCUUAAAAGAAAAGGGUCAGUUAAAAGAAGCCUUGGCAAAUUAUCGUCAUGCUGUUAAAUUAAAACCAGAUUUUAUUGACGGGUACAUAAAUCUAGCUGCAGCGUUAGUGGCUGCAGGAGAUUUGGAAGGAGCUGUUCAAGCUUAUGCAACUGCGUUAAAUUAUAAUCCAGAUUUAUAUUGUGUUCGAAGUGAUCUUGGAAAUUUAUUAAAAGCAUUAGGAAGAUUAGAAGAAGCCAAGGCAUGUUACUUGAAAGCUAUUGAAACUCAACCAAACUUUGCUGUUGCUUGGAGUAAUCUUGGAUGUGUCUUCAAUGCUCAAGGAGAAAUAUGGUUGGCUAUCCAUCAUUUUGAGAAGGCUGUUCAAAUUGACCCCAAUUUUCUUGAUGCAUACAUAAAUCUUGGAAAUGUGUUAAAGGAAGCCCGAAUAUUUGAUAGAGCUGUUACUGCAUAUUUGAGAGCUUUGACAAUUAAUCCAAACCAUGCAAUUGUUCAUGGAAAUUUGGCUUGUGUGUAUUAUGAACAAGGCCUGAUAGAUCUUGCUGUCGAUACUUACAAAAGAGCAAUAGAACUGCAGCCAAACUUUCCAGAUGCCUACUGCAACUUAGCAAAUGCAUUAAAAGAGCAAGGUAAAGUUGAUGAUGCAGAGGAAUGUUAUAACACAGCUCUUCAGUUGUGCUCAACUCAUGCAGAUUCCCUGAAUAAUCUUGCAAAUAUUAAACGAGAACAGGGAAAGAUAGAAGAAUCUAUUCGGUUAUAUUGUAAAGCUUUAGAGGUGUUUCCAGAGUUUGCUGCAGCACAUUCUAACUUAGCAAGUAUAUUACAACAACAAGGUAAACUUCAUGAAGCACUCAUCCACUACAAAGAAGCUAUUAGAAUUCACCCUACAUUUGCAGAUGCAUAUUCAAACAUGGGUAAUGCACUUAAAGAAAUGCAAGAUAUACAGGGAGCAAUUCAGUGCUACACAAGAGCCAUACAAAUUAAUCCUGCCUUUGCUGAUGCGCACAGUAAUCUGGCAUCAGUGUAUAAAGAUUCAGGAAAUAUUGCAGAAGCCAUACAGUCAUACAGAACUGCUUUAAAGUUAAAACCAGAAUUUCCAGAUGCUUAUUGCAACCUUGCACAUUGUUUACAAAUUAUUUGUGAUUGGACUGAUUAUGAAAUAAGAAUGAAAAAAUUACUGGCAAUAGUUGACGAUCAAUUAGGGAAAAAUAGACUUCCCUCUGUACAUCCUCAUCACACUAUGUUGUAUCCUUUGUCACCACAACAGCGGAAAGCCAUUGCUAACAGACACGGAAACCUUUGCCUUGAUAAGGUAGCCUUGUUACACAAGGAACCAUAUACAUAUCCAAAAGAUUUAAAAGCCAGUGGUGGAAGACUCCGCAUUGCAUAUGUUAGCAGCGACUUUUGUAAUCACCCAACAUCUCAUCUGAUGCAAAGUGUACCCGGCUUUCAUGAUCGCUCAAAUGUUGAGGUAUUUUGUUAUGGGCUAACUAAUGAUGACAACACGAGCUUUCGAAAAAAGAUUGAGUCAGAGAGUGAACAUUUUGUCGACUUGACACAAUAUCCUUGCCAUGGACAAGCUGCAGAUAGAAUCAACAGCGAUGGUAUACACAUCUUAGUCAAUAUGAAUGGCUACACAAAAGGUGCAAGAAAUGAAAUAUUCGCACUACGACCAGCUCCAGUUCAGGUAAUGUGGCUCGGUUAUCCUGGAACGUCUGGAGCUACAUACAUGGAUUAUAUAAUCACCGAUCGCGUUACUUCUCCAUUACCAUAUGCUGAGCAUUACUCAGAGAAGUUUGGGUAUAUGCCACAUACAUUUUUUGUUGGUGACCAUAAACAGAUGUUUCCUCACCUCAUUAAAGAUGUUACUCAUGAAAGAAGAAACGAAAAUACUCUAGUCGCUGUAUCGGAAGAUUCUGAUGUUUCCGUCACCACCAGUUCAGCUAUUCAUGAUUAUAUUAAUGAAAGAAUUGAAAAAAGAAAGGAAGAAGUUGCUGGUACAAAAGAUAGCGGCGAAAGAGUUCCUGAACAGAUGCCUCAAAUGGCCCGCGCUACUUAUGGACUUCCCGAUGAUGCUUUUGUGUAUUGUAAUUAUAACCAAUUGUACAAAAUUGAUCCAGCAACGUUCGAAUCAUGGUGUAAUAUACUAAAAAAUGUACCAAACAGUGUAUUGUGGUUGUUACGAUUUCCACAAGUUGGUGAAGCUAAUGUAAAAUCCAGAGCAGUAAUGCAUGGCGUUGCUAAAAACAGAAUUAUAUUCUCAAAUGUUGCUCCGAAAGAGGAGCAUGUUCGCAGAGGACAAUUAGCUGAUGUUUGCUUAGAUACGCCUUUAUGUAACGGACAUACAACUGGUAUGGAUAUAUUGUGGGCAGGAUGUCCCAUGGUAACGUUACCUUUAGAAACACUUGCAUCUAGAGUUGCAUCGUCUCAAAUGCAAGCGCUUGGUGUGCCAGAGUUAGUUGCAAAAAAUCGUAAACAUUAUGAAGAUAUCGCUAUCAAAUUAGGUGUGGAGCCAGAAUAUUAUCAAAAAAUAAAGUUGAAAGUUUGGGAUGGUCGUCUGCUAUCUCCGUUAUUUAACACUCAUAAGUAUACCCUGGAUCUGGAAAAAAUGUUCUACAAAAUGUGGAAAAGAUGCGAGCAAGGACUAGCGCCAGAUCAUAUUCUUGAAUAAUUUUUUGUAGCAGACAUGAUUAGCAAUAAAUAUAUUUAAUAAUUUUAAUACUUAGCAACGGUUAAUGUACAUAGUUAUAACAAACUGCUGAGGUUCAAUAAACCUUCAUAAUUUUAGUUUAGAUAUAUUAAAAUUCUUGUUGAGAACAAAAAAAAAACUGUAUAAUUUUUCUGAACGGUAAAAUAGUUGGCUAUUUGCUACUUUUAGCCUUUCUACUUUUGCACAGGAAACUUUUCUUUUUAACAUGCCACAGGAGUUGUCUAGAUAUCUUUACUUCAAUUUCAUCCAACUUUUCGCUAGUUAAUGUUUUUAUUAAUUAAUUUCUCUUUUUGGUGGAAUACAGGAAAUUAUUUUGUAAAUAUUAGGUUUGUGUUACAUCGGGAAUGUAAAAGCGAUAUACCGGACAAAUUUGUCCGUAAAUAUAUUUUGUCAUUAUA